AUGGCCGAAUUAACCGAGAAAGGAAAGAUGCUCCGCGGCGAGCUCUUCUGCGCCUUCACACCGCAGAUGGUGGCAGACCGAGCUCGCACCAAGUACGCCUGCAAUCGAUUCAAUGCCGUGACAGACGAAGUGCCUCGUCGGCGACUAGUUGAGCUGUGGAGGGACAUAAUCAACGACAAAACACCCCUCCCAGCAGUCCUCGACGACCCAACCGCCGACGCAGAGCUCUUCAAGAACGAGCCCUGGAUCGAAGCCCCUAUCAAAGUGGACUACGGAUACAACGUGAAGCUCGGUGCAGGCGUCUUUGUCAACUUCAACUGCGUGUUCAUCGAUACCUGUCCGAUCACCGUCGGGGCGCGGACGCUGUUUGGGCCGAAUGUUAAUUUGUUUUCUGGGACGCAUCCUUUGGAUCCGGCGAUAAGGAAUGGGACGGAGGGCCCUGAGAUGGGGAAGCCGAUUACUAUUGGGGAGGAUUGCUGGAUUGGCGGGAAUGUGAUUGUUUUGCCGGGUGUGACGAUUGGGAGGGGAGCGACAAUUGGGGCGGGGAGUGUUGUUACUAAGGAUGUGCCGGCCUUCCAUGUUGCUGCGGGUAACCCGGCGAGGAUCCUGAGGAAGAUUGAGACUACGAUGGAGUAA